AUGGACAAUAUAUCCCAACAGUCAGAUGAAAUGGAAGCCUUGACAUCAAUUUUUGGGGAUGAAUGGCAAAUGGAUCCUGGUACAAAAAUGUGCAGUAUUGAUAUUACUAAAGAAGUCAAACUGUUUAUAACCUUGAUACCAGAAUAUCCAUCUAGUUCUCUACCACAAUAUGAACUACUAGCUCCAAAUUUGAGUCUUCAGCAGAAAAAACAUAUUGAUGAAGAAUUUGAAAACCUGUAUAAGAAUGAAGGUGGGGGUCCCAUCAUUUAUCAAAUGAUAAUGAUAGUGGAGGAAAUUGCUAAAACUAAAAAUGUUACUGAAACCAGUUCUCCAGAAGAAUUACUACAAUGUGACAAGGAAUGCCAAAGAUUGGUAACCCCCAUUGAAAAAUCCCAUCUAAAUAUAAUUCAUGGUGCUAUUAUUGUAGAUAGAAAAAGUGUAUUUCAGGGCCAUGUAUGUACUGUAAAUAGCAAGGAUGAUGUAAGUUCCUUCAAGGAAUUACUUCUUGAAAACAGGAAAGUUGCUCAUGCAACCCACAAUAUUUCAGCUUAUAGGAUAAAUUUGCCAAACAACAUUGUCCUACAGGAUUGUGAUGAUGAUGGGGAAGCUAAGGCCUCUGCAAGACUCCUAGAAUUGCUGCAGACUUUGAAACUUAACAAUAUAAUAGUUGUUGUUUCUAGAUGGUAUGGUGGUGUUCAGCUUGGUCCAGACAGAUUCAGGCAUAUAAAUAAUGCAGCUCGCCAGGCUCUAGUAGAUGGUGGUUACAUACCAAGGUUCCCCCAGUUCUGCAUCUUGGAUCAGAUCCUCUGCAUCAUUAAAGGUCAUUAUUGGCCUACCAGAUGCAGGUAUGGGGCCCACUGUUUGGUCUGGCAGGAGAUUGUACAUCUUCAGACUUUGCCAGUGGCGAAAAAGGGAGAUUGGGGUUCUACCAGUAUAGAAAAUGUCAGGGUGCUGCGAAAGCAUCUCUGCAAAUGUUUCAACUGUUGG